GUCUCGAUGAAACUACCCUGAUUAUUAAGUCAGAAGCUGAUGUGUUGUACGGGUAAAAUAUUCGAGGGGUGUGUAAAACAAAAAGGUUAAUUUUGGUGAGAGUUCUUUUACAUGUCAGGAAAUGUUAUUUGUUGGGUCAAGUGUCCAUGAGGCCAUAAGAAAGAAAACCUACAAACAUGAAGAGGUCCAACCUUGGAUUUUUGUAGAAUAAACCAGAUUAUAUAUCACAUCAAUUAUCACUUUUGUCUCACGGUAAGAUUCUCUCAAUUUUAGAUAGAUUAACUCUUUUACAGCUCCGUUUUUUGGCUUGAACGGGCUGGAGCUUGAAAGACAUUACUCAUCAAUUGUAAAUCUUCUGGUCAUCCUGUUUGACGAGUUGCCUGGACGGACCAAAGCUUUAGAAAUAUGACCCACUAGAGGCAUUUGGUAUGGUCGGGAAUUGUCCGGACAGAGCGAUAUAAUCCAUGAGAUGGAACCCAUGGGGGCAUCUUGUUCGGUGAGUGGCAUGCGGUUCCGGGCAUGUGAACUGAUUAGGCGAAGAUGGGUGACCUGUGGUUCCUAGCUAGGUGAUCAGCCAAGGUGCAACUCAAGAUUCGAUACUCUUAUGCGACAGGACAGGACUUUAGGAAUUUUGUGUAAUGUCCUGUAUAGUAAUAAUAAUCAAUGAUUGAUGGAGCUUAUACGACAGCAAUGCAAAAACAAUGCAGGUGCAAGAGAAAUCUGUCACACGUUGCUAAAGAGAUGCACCCAUUUGAACAAACUCAAUGAAGGGAAGAUUAUUCAUGCCCUUCUUCUCAAUUCCAGAUUCAGAGACGAUCUUGUUAUGCAAAACACCCUUCUCAACUUGUAUGCGAAAUGUGGUGAUUUGGUUUAUGCACGUAAACUGUUUGAUGAAAUGUCUAGUAGAGAUGUUGUCACUUGGACUGCUUUGAUUACUGGGUAUUCUCAACAUGAUAGGCCGCAGGAUGCGCUUCUUUUGCUCCCUGAAAUGCUAAGGAUUGGAUUGAAACCCAAUCAGUUCACUUUGGCUAGUUUGUUGAAGGCGGCUUCUGGGGUUGGGUCUACUGAUGUUUUGCAGGGUCGGCAGCUUCAUGGGGUUUGUUUAAGGUACGGUUAUGAUUCGAAUGUGUAUGUGAGUUGUGCUAUUUUGGAUAUGUAUGCUAGGUGCCAUCAUUUGGAGGAAGCCCAGUUGAUAUUUGAUGUUAUGGUGAGCAAAAAUGAGGUUUCUUGGAAUGCUUUGAUUGCUGGCUAUGCUAGGAAGGGUCAAGGAGACAAGGCUUUUUGUUUGUUCUCGAACAUGCUGAGGGAGAAUGUUAAACCUACUCACUUUACCUAUUCUAGUGUUCUUUGUGCUUGUGCUAGCAUGGGGUCAUUGGAGCAAGGGAAAUGGGUUCAUGCCCUUAUGAUAAAAUGGGGUGAAAAGCUAGUAGCUUUUGUUGGAAACACUUUGCUUGACAUGUAUGCAAAAUCAGGCAGCAUUGAGGAUGCAAAGAAAGUUUUUGAUAGGUUGGCAAAACGGGAUGUUGUUUCUUGGAAUUCAAUGCUUACUGGAUAUUCUCAACAUGGACUUGGGAAGGUAGCUUUACAAAGGUUUGAAGAAAUGCUGAGGAUUAGAAUUGCUCCUAAUGAUAUAACAUUCUUGUGUGUUCUUACUGCUUGUAGCCAUGCGGGCCUUUUGGAUGAAGGACGUCAUUAUUUUGACAUGAUGAAGAAAUACAAUGUAGAGCCACAAAUUUCACAUUAUGUCACAAUGGUUGAUCUUCUUGGUCGAGCUGGACAUCUUGAUCGAGCCAUACAAUUCAUAAGUGAAAUGCCAAUUAAACCCACUGCUGCUGUCUGGGGAGCGUUGCUGGGUGCUUGUAGGAUGCAUAAGAAUAUGGAGUUAGGUGGUUAUGCAGCUGAAUGUAUUUUUGAACUGGAUUCUCACUAUCCAGGUACCCAUGUAUUGCUCUAUAAUAUAUAUGCAUUAGCUGGUAGAUGGAAUGAUGCUGCUAAAGUGAGAAAAAUGAUGAAAGAAAGUGGAGUGAAAAAGGAGCCUGCUUGUAGUUGGGUAGAGAUGGAGAAUGAAGUCCACGUGUUUGUGGCAGAUGAUGAUGCCCACCCACAGAGAAGAGAGAUCCAUAAUAUGUGGGAGCAGAUUAGUGAUAAGAUUAAGGAAAUUGGUUAUGUUCCAGACAGUAGCCACGUGCUUUUGUGUAUGGACCAGCAGGAGAGGGAAGCAAAGUUGCAGUACCAUAGCGAGAAGCUUGCUCUAGCUUUUGCACUUCUCAACACACCUCCUGGAUCCACAAUCCGCAUCAAGAAGAAUAUCAGAAUUUGUGGUGAUUGCCAUUCAGCAUUCAAGUUUGUGUCCAAGCUGGUGGAAAGGGAAAUCAUUGUCAGAGAUACCAAUCGGUUUCAUCAUUUUUGUGAUGGCGCCUGUUCAUGUGAGGACUACUGGUAGUGCUGGUUGUCAAGAAAUAACCUAUUGAAUUAUGAAGGAGAAAUUACUUGAGCUGCUAGGAAACAUUUAUUCUCCUAUGACAAUCCAAGUCACAUAACAUAUCUAGGCAGAGCAAGGUGGGGGUGGGUGGGGUUGUGUGCAAAUUAUAGGAUCGAACUCGCGGAAAGAAAUCAAGAGUAUGUGUUGGGUAAAUGAAUGCAAGAGCACAAACACAACACGGUUCUCAUUCAAACAGUGCAAACUCCGAGCUGCUCUUUGAUGAUGAUACCAUGACAAACUUCGUGAAGAAAGUUCAAGUGGACUGCUAUAACACCCUUAGUUGAAACAGAUCAGGGAAUUUACUUACAUGAAUCACAAGAAGAGAAUCUGCGAGAAGAGAUUGACCAAAACAAAAGAAGAGUAGAGAGGGAAAGAGAGAGAGCAGCAAGAGAAUCUGCAGAAAGUGAUCGAGUAACAUUAUCUUUAUCUGGGACCAGCGAAUUUCAGGUGCAGAAGCAAUAUCAAUUGCUCCCUUAACCUAAUUAAAGCAUGUGUAGAUCUAACUUGAGAAAAUGAGACAAAUAAACGAAAUAUAGAUUAUAUCCAGUAUUCUUAAGUUGAAUUUAUCUAAGCCGUUCUAUUGGUUGUAUCAAUCAUUAUUCUGACAACAUCCUAAACUUGCUACCAGGCAAAAUGUUCUGUACGUCCAUUUAACUUUGCUGUGCUUGUGAUGGAUUGAAAACUGCUUGAAAAGAAAGGUGCACUUCUCCUCAGAAAUGAAAUGUUCCAGCAUCAUAUCAGGACUCAAUUUCUGCCUGCAGCAUCAUAAAAAAUUAACAAGCAACAGGCACCAGGGUCUAAAAAUAGAGUAUAAAUAAAGAUUAGACGAAAGGAUGAGAUUUGAAGGAAGGGAGGGAGAAAGGAACGCAAAAGGAGGAAGCAACCCGUUUUUUUAAUGGUUGUGCCGUUUCUGCAGCUAUAAUAGAGGGAGAGAGAAACAAAAGAUGGUAGAAGGCGUGACAGAAGGGCGUGUAUAUUGUGAUUGUGGUAAAGACAGUUCUUGCUUAAAAUGGCGUGGCGUGUGAGCAAAGCUUGAUCAUAUCAUCAAAAUAUUCUUUAGCUAACAACUCCAAGCACCACCAAAUACUCCCAUUUCAGAAAAGAUCAGGAGGUCCCCCUCCUUGAGCCCUCAAAGAGGUAAGAUACAGAGAGUCAGAAUAGAGAAAGAGCAGAAAAGAUUAAAAUUCAAUUUUAAAUUCUCGACACGAUGAUUUGAUUGGAACUGUGAUUUGUUUAUUUCUCAAGUUCUUUACUGUAUUAACAUGUUCUUUUAAGAAGAAAAAAAUGAUUUAGGAGUGCUGUUGCUUAGUUUCUGGAACUCCAAUAUAUGAUCAAUUCAACAUGCAUCUUUCAUUUGAUUUGAA